AUGCCUCGGCCCGGCUCGGUCCACUCGUGGGAGGCUGGCAGUUCGUGCUGCAAACUGCGGACACUGCCCCAAGGACUGGCUGGGCCGGACGGGCGUCUACGCGGCAAGAGUGGCGAGUUGGAACAUCAAAUAACAAGGCUUGGUCCGGGGAGCAGCGCGGGCUUGCACUCCAGCAAGGCGCGGCAGGCAUUCCACCGCACCAGCAGGCCUGGCACACCGCAAUGCGGACCUCAAGGUCCUGAUCCUGCGGCUGCCGCCAGAUCAGGUAACUUCCUGGAGCCCUACGGACUGCGAGACCGUAAGCUCAGAACCACCUCUUUGGCAUCCGGUUUGGCCGGCUGUGAUGGACACAAGGCGCCGUUGCGUGAUGAACCAGUGAGGUCGCCUUGGGAAGUACAGGAGCUCUCACUGCUGGGUACCAUGUACCUGGUGGUACACUUGGUAGGGGGUGACCCCUCUAGUUAG